AUGUGGAAGCCAUUGGUACAUCUUUUGAGUCUGUGCCUGCUUCUGCAGCUUGUAACUGCAGAUAGAGAUGAUCAAACAUCAGCACAUAUAAACCGAGGCUCUUUUGAAGAUCCUGCAGCACGUCUUCGGCCGCGGUUUCGAUACUGGCUGCCUGAUGCCAGCGUCGACGUCAAGACUGUUCAAGAUAAUAUCAAGUCUGCUGGAGCAAUAGGUGCCGGAGGUGUCGAGUUUCUCCCCUUUUAUAACUAUGGUGGUGAGUUGGCCCCGGCUCCGAAGGGAUCCGACUGGAGCAAGUAUGGGUUUGGCACUCCGGCAUUCAGAAAGCUGUUCUUAGCUGCGUUACAAGCCCAUAAACAGGCGGGCCUCGCCAUGGACUUUGCAUUGGGCCCGAAUCAGGGCCAGGGGGUGCCGGCGGAUCCUUCCGAUGAGGGGUUGCAAUGGGAUUUGGAGCCAUUUUCUGUCGCUGUACCAAAAAGUGGUCGCUUCAUUGGCAAGAUCCCCGGUUGGGGGUCCGGCAAAUUAGUUGCUUUGGUGUCAGCCGAGGUGCUCUCUUCAAAAAAUAUCAGCAUGGAUACCGCUGGCACUGCGAGCUUCCUGGGAGCAGCUCAAUCUUAUUACAUUCAAAUGAUCCUCAAAAACGGCACGUUGACUGAGUGGUCUGACAAGGUAUCUUCCACCGGACACGUCUCCCUCGACCUUGGCACGACCAAGUCUUCGACCCAUCACUUGUUUGCAUUCUACCAGUUCUUGUCUCACAAUAAGAAUUUGGAAUAUGCUGCCUCUCCGUCAAAAACUAUUUGGGAUAACGGCUCCUACAUUGUGGACCAUUACAGUGCGCGAGGCGCUCAAACCACGACUAAGUUCUGGGAGAAGUAUCUCCUCACAGAAGAAGUCAAAGAGCUUUUGAUGAGCGUCGGCCACUAUGGCUGGGAAGAUAGCAUUGAAAUCAAAUCGAACAUUUCUUGGACUCCGGGGCUCCCGAUGCUCUUCCGAUCCACAUAUGGAUAUGAUCUGAAGCCAGUACUGCCGCUUAUUAUGUACAACGACAACAAUAUCAACAUCCAAAGCACGCAACCAGGCACAAUUCAGUGUCUCCUCAAUACACCGGAUCAGGGCCUCGGCUACGUUAACGAUUUCCGCGGCGCGCUGGUUGAAGGAUAUCGCAGCUACCUACAAGAACUGACUAGCUGGAUCAACUCAGAGCUCAAUCUGCAAAUAUCGGCUCAAGUUUCAUACAAUCUUCCAAUGGAUAUGGAAGCCAACAUCCCCUACGUCAAUGCCCCGGAAUGUGAGAGUCUGCAGUUCGGCGAUAACAUCGAUGGCUAUAGGCAGUUUGCUGGGCCGGCCAAUCUGGCGGGAAAGCGUGUCAUUUCAAACGAAAUGGGAGCUGUGAUCCUUAGGGCAUAUAGCCUACAGCACAGUGAGCUGCUAUCCUUCAUUAAUCGGGCGGUGGCCGGUGGUGUCAACCAGGUGGUGCUUCAUGGGCAGUCGUACACGGGUAACUACUUCGGGACUACAUGGCCUGGUUACACAGCAUUUUCAUAUCUGUUCUCGGAGCUCUAUUCAGAUAAACAGCCCUCCUGGAAUCACGGUUUUGGAGACGUUCUCGACUAUGUUGGCCGAGUGCAGUAUGUCCAGCAGUCGGGCGUUCCUCGCACCGACGUUGUGAUCUAUAACAAGGUGUCUGCUACGAACCCAAACUUCCCGACAAUGUACUCAGCUAUUGAUUUGAUUGAUGCUGGCUAUACAUACACCUACCUGUCUCCGGACAACUUUGCUCUCCCUGAGGCUACGGUACAGAACGGUAUCUUGGGCCCCAAUGGCCCCUCAUAUAAGGCUAUGGUCAUCACCAGCGACAGCAAUCUCACCGCGGAAGGUGUACACCACAUUCAAAAGUAUGCCAGGGCAGGGCUGCCCGUUAUUUUGAGCGGCGGAGAUCCUGGUGUCUACGCAACCCACGACGGAAGUGACAAAUCCACUGUUGAAAAGGCCCUUCAGGCUCUGAAGAAGUCGCGAAAUGUUUACGUUGUCUCAGCCGGACAGGUCGCGGCCAAGCUUCAGAGCCUCGGGAUCCAGCCUCGAGUUGCAGUGCAAACAAAUGGCACCUGGUACUCGACUUGGCGGGAAGAUGCUCAGAAUGGCAUGGACCACGCUUUUUUAUUUUCUGAAUACGCUUCGGACGGUACAGUCGAUAUUGCUAGUGCCAAAACCCCCUUCAUUCUCGACCCUUGGUCGGGCACAAAGAAGCCCCUCCUUGGCUACAAACGUGACGGCGAACGAGUGGUGAUCCCUCUCAGCUUUGCAGCCAACCAAACCGUUGUGAUCGGCUUCACCGACAGUGAUGACGGCGCUUCAGAUUAUGCAACGCAGCUGCCCUCCACCGUUAUUGGCUACGAUUAUGCACAUGAUACCGGCGCUGUCCUCCAUGUUUCUGAUGGAUCAAGCCAGUCUCUUCUUCUCUCAAAUGGUACGCGAGUCAGACUUGGAGACAAACAUGUCGCUAGCCCCAGUUCACUAUCUCAGUGGACUCUUAUAGCCGAGCACUGGGAAGCACCGACCAACAUCUCGGAUGCAGCCACUAUCGCCACCAAGCACAACACCACCCACCACCUCUCCUCGCUGGUCUCAUGGACCCAAAUCGAGGGGCUAAAAAAUACCUCCGGUCUGGGGUACUAUACCACAACGGUGAGCUGGCCUCCUUCUCAUGGAUCCGCAGACGGGGCCUAUCUCCUCCUACCGAGGAUUGAGCACGCCGCACGUGUCUUUGUUAAUGGUAAACGGCUGCCUGGCUUCGACUUCGCAGCCCCGCGGAUAGAUCUGGGUCAGUACCUGCAGCAGGGGGCGAACCAGGUGGCCGUAGUGGUCCCGACCACGAUGUGGAAUUAUAUUCGCAGCAUCGCUGGUGAGCUCGAAAGUGCGGGAGUCGGAGUGAAGACUGUCAUGGCGGGAGUCGGGGCAACGACACUUCCUGCACGCCGCGUGAACGGGCUAAUUGGAACCGCAACGUUGAUCCCGUAUGUCAAGGUGCCGUUGAAGGUGUAG